UAUAUAUAUAUAUAUAAGCGUUGCUUUGCAGAAUGCGUGUUUGUUGAAUCCCAACGUAAUCCAUUAACAGAUCCAGUUAUUGUGUGGCUUACUGGAGGGCCUGGGUGCUCAGGGCUCUCAGCGCUGCUGACUGAAAAUGGUCCAUUCACAGUUCAGCCGGACGGUCAAAGCCUUGUGAAUAAUCCUUAUUCCUGGAACAGAAUAGCCAAUGUUUUAACACUGGAAUCACCAGUGGGAGUCGGGUUUUCUUAUACCGAUGACGGAAAACUGGAGACUGAUGACGCAAAAGUUGCAUCUGAUAACUGGAGUGCACUGAAAGAAUUCUUUACGGCGUUUCCACAGUUUCGAAAAAAUGAUUUUUACAUUGCCGGUGAAUCUUACGGCGGCAUUUAUGUUCCAACAUUAGCUGAAGCAGUUCAUAGCGGGCAAAAAAAUUUCAAUAUAAAUUUAAAGGGAUUAUUAAUUGGGAAUGGAUGCGUCAGUGAAAAAAUAAACACGAAUACUAUGAUACAGUAUGGUUACAAUCAUGGAAUGAUCGAUGAAAUGUUACUCUCAUUCUACCAGAAACUGAUGGUUUUUUUUUUCAGGAUUUCUGGAAUAAAUCCUUAUGACAUUUAUGGCACUUGCUACCACGAAGGCAGUUUGAAACUAAAAUCAUACUUGGCUCUGAGCAAAGCCAAAAUUGAUCUACUGAGGAAGAUUAAAAGAAGACUUCCAGACAGUGUUUCAAAAAGCCAAAAAAAAAAAACAAUAUAUCUGAAUAAACCGGAAGUCCGGAAAGCGCUGUUUAUACCUUCUAAUGUUAUUGCUUGGGCAGACUGCAGUGAUGAGGUCUACGACAGCUAUAAUAAAAUUUACAACGAAAUGGAUUCACGAGUUAAAAGUGCGGUAGGCAAUGGUAGUCGAGUACUGAUAUACAAUGGAGACACAGAUCUUGUUUGCAAUUUCUUACAAGGGCAGCGGUUUGCAGCUAGUCUUGGUUAUAAGGUAAGUAAAGCUAUAGAUGAAGCAAAAACCUCAAAACAGUUCAGUUUUUUGAUAGAUUUAUUUUUGUUCUACAAGGAACAAGGUGACUCAGUUUUUAAUAAAAAGGUAAAAGCUAGCCAGUUUGAAAAAGAAAACAAACUUUCACUUGACAGAAAUGAAACGGUGUAA